AUGCCUAUCGCGAUCUCGAGUCAUCCUAACUCGGUGGCCGCCGACGCAACGGCGAACUCUGAAAACAAUGUAAUGUUCUGUCAAGGUACCGGCCUCUCUCCUGCUUUAUUAGCACGAGCCCGCUCUUUGGCAACCGAACAUUCUACAUACUCCGCACACCUAGCAGAUGCUUUCGAUACAAAGAUUGCAAGAAGAGUCGGGGAGCUAGCACCGAUUGCCCGGAUCAUAAAGGAAUGGGACAAAGCCAAUGAGUCCAUAUCAGAAUUGAAUAGCCUACUUGAUGACCCCGACACGGACACGGAGCUACGAUCUCUUGCCAUUGAAGACCUGGCAAGUAGUAAGAGUGCUUUAUCAAAUAUAUCAGAGAGCUUGAAACUGGCCCUCGUUCCCCGGCAUCCAUUCGCAACUCUCCCCUGUUUACUUGAAAUCCGCCCUGGUGCGGGCGGAGAUGAAGCAGGUCUCUUCGCUUUUGAAAUCUUGAAGAUGUAUACAGCAUUCUGUUCUCGACGUGGUCUUCGAUCUAGUGUGAUUAAGUUGGAGGCGGUAGACGGCCCAGCAGAAGAUCGGCUGAGUGAAGCAGUAAUAGAAGUUGAUGCGGACGGAGCUUAUGAUCUUCUGAGAAGCGAAUCAGGUGUCCAUAGAGUUCAGAGGGUGCCGGCCACUGAGGCCAAGGGGCGGACCCAUACCAGUGCUGUAAGCGUGAUGGUCCUCCCCAAUUUUCCAGAAACUGGAGGUGGCAUGGACGUGUCACUUAAUGUCGAUGAUCCAAACAAUGACUACUAUGUUGAUCCCCAAGAAGUCCGUUCGGAAAAGAUGCGAGCUGGUGGUGCCGGUGGACAGCAUGUCAACAAAACAGAGUCCGCUAUUCGUUUGACACAUGUGCCGACGGGAAUCGUUGUUUCAAUGCAGGACUCGCGGUCCCAACAUGCAAACCGCAAGAAAGCAUGGCAAAUCUUGCGGGCGCGACUGGCCGAACAGAGACAAGAGGCCCGAGAGCGUGAAAAAAUGGAGCUUAGAAGAGGAGCAUUGGGUGGCGUAGCUCGCAUGGGCCGCGGUGACAAAGUUCGGACAUAUAAUUAUGGACAGAAUCGAUGUACGGAUCACAGGAGUGGUGUCACUGUGCACAAUUUGGAUGAUGUUGUAGAUGGUGGUGAAGGUCUUGACACCAUAAUGGAUAGUGUACGAGCCUGGCUUAUUGAUAGAGAGGUAUCAGUCAUGGCCGCUGAAGAAUUAGCAACGGAUAGCUCUAAGCAAUAG